AUGUUGAAUCGAGAUAUGAAAAUUCUUAUUAUUUUACUUAUUCUUGUUGGAUUUACAUUGAGUUUGAUGAUAUUUGUAAGCUUAUUCUAUAAUCCUAUUGAAUUUAAUAUAGAUGACUUUCAAGAUGAUAUUAUUCCUCAACAUUAUCACCUUGAAUUUAUUGAUCAUGUAGAUUAUUUGAUUUGUCAUAUGAAAAUUGUUUUUCAACUUACACAAAAUCGUUAUCAAUUAUUAAUUAUUAAAUCAAAUGAUCAUACAAUUGAAAUAUCUUCUAUUAUUCUUUAUCAUAAAGAAAAUUCAAUACCAAUUGAAAUUCAAAUUAUAAAUAAUCAAAUAAUAAUAGAAAAAAAACGUCAAUGGAAAAAUAUUUUUUAUUCAGGAAAUUAUACAAUAUCAAUGAGUACUCGUAUAAGUAUAUUAAAUACAAAAAAAUCAAAUUUUAUUCAUCAAAUAUGGUCAUCAAAAUAUCGUAUUUUAUUUACUAAUAAUGAUUUAUUUCCUUAUUUUUCUCAUUCAUAUUAUCGAUCAACAUUUAAUAUAAAUAUAAUUAGUGCUGAUUAUAUUAUUUCUAAUCUACCUCUUAAUCAAAUAAGUUCAUUAUUUGAAACUUCACAAAUUGCUUUUGCUUUAUUAAAUCAAUAUGAAUGUCGAUCCGUUGAUAUACUUCAAUUAUGUUUUCCAAAUCAUUCAUUAUAUGAAAUUGAUUUAUUUUCUCAUAUUUUUAAUUAUACUUUAAAUACAAUACAAAUAUUUGAAUCAUAUUUUGCACAAAGAUUUCUAUUAAAUAAACUUACAUUAGUUACUGUUUUAGAAUUAAAUGAUCGAAUUAUUUCCAAACCUGGUUUAGUAUUUAUUGAUCAAAAUGCUUUAUUAAUUAAUACAUCAGCUGAACAAGUUAUUAAACAAAGUGAAUUAAUUUUUUUAAUAGUAGCUUAUCAAUGGAUUGAUAUAUUAAUGCAAUUCGAUAAAAAUACAAAAUGGUUUGGUCAAAGUUUAGCAAGAAGUAUUGCCAAUCAUUUAUUCCAUAAAACCUAUGAUACAGUUGGUAAUAAUAAUUCACAAAUUGAACGAUUUAUGUCUACUGUUGUGCGUGAUUCAUUGUGUAAUGCUACAUUUAUUGAAGAAUCAAAUGAUCUAAAGUAA